CGAUCUGAUAUGCUGCACAAUCGACAUAGAUUCAAGAGCAGUUUCAAAUUAAUUUACGGUCAAUUUGAGUUUUCUUCGCUACUUAAACGCACGUGUUUUCGUUUUUAUCGGAUUUUUUCAAAUCAACGGUGGGAAAACGAGAAUGUUUGAAGGACAAUAAAGAAUAUAAAAAUACAUCAGCGAAAAGAUUCUAGGGAUUGUUUUGGGAUUUCGAAAAAUGUGACAGUGCAUUAUGUGUCAAAAAAAAAGGAAUGAGUAAAGAAUCGAUGCAUGUGUGCGCGUGUAUCCUGACAUGAGGAUGAAUCAAUUCACCGAAAUGAUUACUGCAAUAGUGAAUAAGCUUUUGACGUGAGUAGUGAGUAAAAGUGGUAUGUAGUGUGACAAGUCGAGAGCAGGCAGGCGAGUAAAGAAUUAGAAAUUUUGCAGUCGCGUUCGUUGUUCGUGUGCGAAAUUGUAAGAGGAGUGUUCGCACGGUGAAGUUUUCGCUGAAAUUAUCAGGCUGGCGCAAAAUAUACCCUUUGCCAAAACUUUUGUGGUGAAUCGUUUGCCCGUGAUGGUUUGGGAUGCCAGGUGUGAGAAAAGAAAUUAAUCCUGGCGAUUGAUUCUGUGGCCGCAGUCGGGCAAGGCCUGCUGCUGCAAUGAUUUUUGAAGGAAUCGUCCCGAAGAGUGGAGUUCAACAAUUAUUGAAUUUUUAGUAAUACCUGGCAGCACACUUUGAACAAUAUGUGCUUCAUGUUCGUAAAAAUGGUGAAACAACGAAAUACUAAAGAGUCAAUGGGUUCGGGAAUAAUUCGCGUCACUGAAAGUCCCGCCAGUGGAAAAAGGUCACCAGCGGCAAUCCGCGCGGUUGUAGAAGAAUUCAGUGUAGGAGGUGCGUUGUGAAAAUGAGCACGAAGUGGAAAAGUUCUAAUCAAUACGGUCGCCGGCAUAACAAGGAGGUGCAGUGUUCAAACAUGAUUUUAGAGCAAAAAUAGUAAUGUGGCACCGGUAGGUCUGAUCAAUUAGCAAACUCAUGACAAUAAUACAAAAAUAACGAGUAGUGAAAUUUGCCACGGACGAUCGUUUCGUCGUUUGUGUGCCAGCGCUGGAGGAAGUAUAAGCAACGACGUUGGCAAAGAGCAUGUCUUAAAGGAGGGGAGGAAGAAGCAGAGGGUAAAAAUAUCAAGAACCAUUAUAGGAUAGCUUGAAUGUGAGAAGGUUAAAAAGUUCAUCUUGAAGAAGAAAAUACAUAACGCGGUGUUGUUAUCGAGUACGCGCGCGUUUUUGUAGGUUCUAUCUCGUGAGCCUAUUUUUUCUUCUCUUCCCUGCUACUACGAACAGUAGUAUGCCUAUAAUGAGGCCGGGAAGCCUAAAAGACCCCGAGAUAGCCGAGCUGUUCAAUAAGCAUGACCCGGAGAAAAUAUUCGAGGACCUGCGCGAAAUCGGCCAUGGAUCGUUCGGUGCAGUAUACUACGCCAAGUGCAAUCUCACGCGCGAGAUUGUCGCGAUCAAGAAGAUGUCCUACAUGGGCAAGCAGAGCAUGGAGAAGUGGCAGGAUAUCCUGAAAGAAAUCCGCUUUCUGCGGCAGCUUAACCAUCCGAAUACGAUCGAGUAUAAGGGCUGUUAUCUGCAUGAAAAUACCGCAUGGUUGGUGAUGGAAUAUUGCGUCGGGUCAGCGUCCGAUAUCAUCGAGGUGCACAAACGGCCACUCAAGGAGGAUGAAAUUGCGGCGAUCUGUGAUGGAGUGCUUCGUGGUUUGAGCUAUCUACACAGUCUCGGAAGGAUUCACCGUGAUAUCAAAGCGGGCAACAUCCUAUUGACCGAGUUGGGCAUAGUCAAGCUAGCAGAUUUCGGUAGCGCUGCCAUCAAAUGUCCAGCGAACAGUUUCGUCGGUACGCCGUACUGGAUGGCACCAGAGGUUAUCCUGGCGAUGGACGAAGGGCAGUACGAUGGUAAAGUGGACGUGUGGUCGCUUGGCAUUACUUGUAUUGAACUGGCGGAACGAAAACCACCGUAUUUCAAUAUGAACGCAAUGUCUGCCCUAUACCAUAUUGCGCAAAAUGAGGCUCCUUCACUACAGGCUCCGGAUUGGUCCGACGUUUUCCGAAGUUUUGUAGACUUUUGUUUGAAAAAGUCUCCGGUGGAACGACCGAAUUCCACCAAUUUGUGUUCUCACCUGUUUAUGACGGGGAAACGAUCACCGAAUGUGCUGAUUGACUUAAUAGCCAGAACGAAAGCUGCCGUUAGGGAAUUGGACAAUCUAAAUUAUAGAAAGAUGAAAAAGAUUCUAAUGAUCGAUUCGUGUGAAACGGAGAGCACCGUUGGAGAUGCAGAGGACACUCCGGAUGAGCAGAUUGGUGGUGACAGCAGUAAGAGUAACAGUAUAACCUCAGAGCAUUCAUUACAUUCGGUGGAUCAACACGGCGGUGUGAUGCGAAAUGCGUCGCGGCAUCGUGUACCUGCGCCAGGACUGCCUCCGAUGCAUAACAGUAGUAUGAAUAACACCGGUGGCCGAGACGGUAUGAUGCCGGUUGAUGGUAUGAGUCGAAUAAGCCUGGGGAUCGGUGGUGGAAGCAGUAGUGGGAUAGGUAGUGCUUGUGCCGGUGGCAGUGGUUCCGGAUCCGGCAGCAUGGGUGCUAGUAUUGGUUAUCAAAAUUCAUCGUCUAGUCCCGUAGUACCUCAUCAUCAUCCGCACCAUAAUCACGUGUCGCAGGCUGCAGCGAAUGCGGUCGCCGAACAUGGUGCCAAUAAUUUUGCUACGAUCAGGACCACUAGUAUUGUGACGAAACAACAAAAAGAACACAUGCAGGAGGAAAUGCAUGAACAAAUGUCCGGCUACAAACGAAUGCGUCGAGAACAUCAGGCUGCUCUAGUGAAGCAGGAAGAGAGAUGCAAGGUCGAAAUGGAGCAGCAUAAAGGCGCUUUAGACAAGGAAUAUGAUCUGCUAUUACAUAACUUCACAAGGGAGUUAGAUAAAUUAUCGGUGAAGCAUCAGCAGGAAAUUGAACGUAGGAUUAAGCAGAACAAUGCUGCCGAGAAAAAACUAUUUAAGGAGAUAUCGACACGACAAGAGGGUGAUCGUAAAGCGUUUGAACUUCACAAAAAGAAGGAAUACAAAGCUAAUAAAGAACGCUGGAAGCGAGAACUAUCGAUGGAUGAUUCCACGCCUAAGCGACAACGUGAUGCAACCUUGCAAACUCAAAAGGAUAACCUCAAACAAGCGGAAGCACAAGAGGAACAGCGAAUGCUGCGAGUACAGAAAAAUUACAUCGAGUUGGAGAUGCGAAAAUUCCGAAGGAAAAAAAUGAUUCUCCUACACGAGCUCGAAAAUCAACUAUUGAGAGAUGAAUUGAGCAAGAAGCAGCAGCAGUUGGAGCAGGCGCAUGGUAUGCUUAUCAAACACCACGAAAAAACUCAGGACCUAGAAUAUCGGCAGCAGAAAAGUGUUCAUGCACUUCGCGAGGAUCAGAUAUCAAAACAACACGAGAGUGAACUACGUAACCAGAAAGAGUAUAUGGACCGGGCCGAACGGGAAUUGCUGAGGAAACAUGCGCUUGAGCUUAAACAGCAACCUAAGAGUCUUAAGCAAAAAGAGCUCCAAAUACGCAAACAGUUCCGAGAAACGUGUAAAACCCAAACGCGUCAGUACAAGGCGUUAAAGGCUCAAAUCCUACAAACUACACCUAAGGAGGAACAAAAAGCUGUGAUAAAGAAACUAAAAGAAGAACAACAUCGUAAGUUAACGUUAUUGGGUGAUCAGUAUGAACAAAGUAUUGCCGACAUGCUACAGAAGCAAAGUUUACGGUUAGACGAAAGUCAGGAAGUUGAGUGUCACCAGCUGAAGGACCGAUUGCAAUACGAACUGGAUAUCCUCACGGCAUACCAGAGCAAAAAUCGUAUGCAAGCACAGGCUCAGCGUGACCGCGAGCGCAAGGAACUCGAAGACCGCGUGAGCGUGCGACGCGCCUUGCUGGAAAGUAAGAUGGAAACCGAACUGCAACAGUUCAAUCAGGAGCGAGCGGAACGCAUACGUUUACUUCGGGAGAGACACGAAAAACAGUUGGAUGCGUUUGACGAGGAGUCGGCGCGCAUGGGCUUCAGUGCACUGGCGCUAGCCGAAGCAUCGAAGGAAACGUAUCCGGACGAAGAAGGUAGUCUAUCUGGGUCCAUGCUUAGUUUGGCUCAUAGUAACAGUUCUACUAGCUUCCCAGCCGGCUCGCUAUAGCAUAAGUCGAGAUGGUUAAACACAAGGUCAAGUCAUAAUUCUAUGUAGUGGGAAGCGGAGAUAUGGAUAUAAAAGGACAGUUUGGCGGAGCGGGAAAAUUUCGCAGUGCUGAAAAAGAGGGACAUCGAGUGCAACAGAAGAUUGGCUGGAGUCGUUUUGUUUCUUUUCUGAUGCAAUUUUGGGAGUGGCGACAAUUCUAAAGAAUUAGAGAUUACAAUAUUGAAUGGUGGUAUUUCUGUUAUACUACUGCUCUACGCAUCUUAAGAGUGCAAGAGUUUCGUGUUAUGUACAAUGUUUUAGUUCUUGUUAUUCGGAUUUUUGUGGAUCUAUGUAGAAAUGCCAUUGUUUACACUUGUGAACAUAAUUAUGUCUACAUUUUACACAAUUUUUGUUCUUUAAAUUUUAAAGGUACCUUAACUUUGGAAGUGAACAUAUAUUAUUGGGAUUGAUCCUUCUAAAUUCUAGUCAAAGUGUGUAUGUCCGAUCGAACAAAACAAGCAAUCAUGUAUUCAAUGCUGCUGUUAUCAGUGCUUUGCUGCUUUAUUUGUCACCAGAUAAUACUCAUGUGAAAUUCGAAUGAUUCGUAGUUGCUAAGUCGCAUAUAAUAUCGUAAAUAUUUUUCUUUCAUUUGUAAAUAAUCGUGCAUUCGUUUGAGCAGACCAUGUUUUAUGUCCGAAACACGUGUCAACGGAAUCAUAAAACUAUAUAGCAGACGCACGGCAUUGAAUGCAUGGUUAUCGGAAAUACAAAUAUUGCGAAUGCGAAAGGAUGGUUCGAUUUUGAGUAAUGGCAAUCCUGAAUCAUUUCCGCUGGGCUUGACUGCAUCAUAAGAUGACUCGAAAAUAUCCCAAUCGUGCUGCUGAAAAUUUUCUAGCAUCAUUUUCGCUCAUAAAAUGCUUCCACCACACCCGGUGUGCCGGGGCAAAUGCUUUUAGCGUGUAGCGAGAUUUGCGGUGCGGACGUUCGAACGAAAUAAGUUCGUACCACGCGAAACUGUCGUAACAAAAGUAUGAAGUGUAAAAAAAAGGAAGUGAAGUUGUUUCUAUACUUUAUAUAUAAUAAUACUACUUAGCUUAUACAAAUAUUAUACAACAAAUAUGAGCGAACCGUAGGAACUAGCUGUCGGAGAGAAAAGCUUCUUUCUUUUGUUUCAAAGUUUUCUUAUUUAAUUAGUGUUUAUAUCAAAGUAUCAGAGAAAAAGGCGGAUUUGAAAAUUGCAGCUCCCCAUCUGGGGGAUUGCUUCCACACACGAGUAGGCAAAAAACUAAGAAAAAAGGAGAAAAACGGAACUAAUUUAUAUUUAUAAAGUAUACUUGUAGUUUAUCAUUUCCGCUUUACUGUACACUCGUGUUUUGUACAUUUUACUUAGUUUAAUUAUGUAAUUAAUACACACACUGCUAUUUGUUUAUUUUUUUACCGUCUAGAGCAGACAGACAAGCUUUAGAGGAAAUCGUUGUAAUGAAAAAGUAUGUAAAAACUGAAUUAGUUAUUUAAUGUUUUAGUUAUAAAUCAAUUUAAGUAAACUUGAGGAAAGGAGAUACAAAUGUAAUUCUCUGACAAUUUAAAGUUUAAAAAAAACUAGAUAAACUAAUUUAAUUGAAGCAAGCCGAAAAGUAUAUUCAUGGAACAUAAACACACCCAGCACCCCUUCUAAGCGAAUAGGAAACAAAAAUUAAUGCUACUAGAGCUUUUUUACCUUAUUGACAGUGCAUAUUACAAGCAAAAAUAUAAUGUUCAACUAAAACAAGCAGAGAGGAAUCAUAAAGAUUGUAAGGAAGUGAGAAACGAAAAACGUGAUUGGGAUGAGAGUGCGGUAUUGUAUGAUCGCGAGUAUGAGACUUUUUAAAAAAAAAAGAAAAUGAAGGAUUUGUUUCGUUAUGAAACAGCUAACCAUGAUCAACACUCACUCUAAGCAAAGCAGUAACAAAUUUUUCAUACGAUAAUACUGUAAUCAAACGAAAAGAAGGAUAAAUUAGCAGAGCAAAGCAAACCGGGUCUUGGAAGUGAACUAAUAUUAAAGGUGGGAACCAUUAAAAAAUUAGUUUCGCUCCACACACUCACACCCAUACACAUACACAAAGAUAACGCAAGACUAAUAAAUGUUAGGAGCAAUUGCUAGAGAUGAGAAUCCGUGAUGUGUCCUCGUGGAACAGAAACAGAAGUAGAAAAAAGGGAUGAAAAUAUGGAUGAUUCUGACUCAGAUUGAUAGAAAGAAGAUAAUAAAAACACUAAACCAAUUCAAGUUAUCUAGAAA